AGGUAUAAUUUAGCACGUUGUUUACUUUCAGUUUCAAUUUCACCUUGCCUGUUUUGCAAUUUGACACUGCACUAAAUGGAUAAACGGUAUCCCGAGGAGCACCCACGGAAUCUUAUUCCUGCCCUUUUACGACAGUUUUAUGAUUUGGGCUGGGUUACAGGCACUGGAGGAGGCAUCAGCAUCAAAGAUGGAAAGGAAAUUUACAUAGCACCAUCAGGUGUUCAGAAGGAGAGAACACAGCCCGAUGAUAUGUUUGUACAAACAAUCAAUGAUGAAGACAUCAGUGCUCCUCCUCCUGCUAAGAAGUUGAAGAAGAGUCAGUGUACGCCCUUGUUUAUGUGUGCCUACAAAAUGAGAGAUGCAGGGGCUGUCAUUCACACUCAUUCCAAAUCAGCUGUCAUGGCAACACUUCUCUACCCAGGCACAGAAUUUCGAAUCACACACCAAGAAAUGAUUAAGGGAAUUAAAAAGUGUAAAUCAGGUCAGUACUACAGAUAUGAUGAAGAACUGGUGGUUCCUAUCAUAGAAAACACACCUUUUGAAGAAGAUUUAAAGGAAAGAAUGUCAUGCGCUAUGAAAGAUUACCCAGAAUCCUCUGCUGUUUUAGUCCGUCGCCAUGGUGUUUAUGUCUGGGGAGAAUCCUGGCAAAAAGCAAAAACAAUGUGUGAGUGUUUUGACUAUCUCUUUGACAUUGCUGUACAGAUGAAGUCUGCUGGUAUAGACCCCACGGAAGUGCCUAUCCCACCAGAGGGAGCUUACCUACAGUGAUAAUUCUUGCUGACUGUGUCAGUCUCCUGUAUAUUACUACAUGUUAUUAGAUCACGUCUGUGUCAGAUUCAUUCAUUUUUUAUAAAUUAUUAUUACAUGUAUUUUAGCUCACCUGAUCCAUAGCAAUAGGGAGCAUUGUGGUGCAUGGGCUUUUGGUUUCUCUUUUCCUUUUUCUUUACUUUGCAAGCAAUUUUGUAAAUGCAGUUUUGCAUGGUAUCUGUAUAUUCAGUUUUGCAUGGUACCUGUAUAUUCAGUUUUGCAUUGUACCUGUAUACAUGCAGUUUUGCAUAACUAUAUACAUGUAUGCAGUUUUGUAUACGCUCUCUAAUUGUCAAAGAUUGUGAUCCUUUAUCUCUUCUCAACCACGAUAGUACUUGCUUAGUAUUAGAAAAUAGUAUGAUGGGAUUGUGUAUUUAAAUUUGUCAAAAGAUUUUGCUAUGUACUUCAUUUCUUUCAUUUGCCAAUAUACUUUUAAUCAGAAUUUGAUUGCAAUUUUAAAACCUGAAACUUUUCCAAAUUUUAUUGUAUUUUUAUGCUUAUUGUUAUGGACAUGACCCACACAACAUCUGAAUUGUUGUAUAUUUAUUUUAUACAAUGUAGUCUAUGAUACACAAUGUUCUAGUACCAGUUUAAUGUACCUUUUUCAUUUUUUGUUUGGAGGAUUUUAAAAUAAUUGGCAUGUUUUGUGCAUAUUGUUUGGCCAACCUUUCCAGGUUGGAUUUAACUGUGGAGUUCUGUGUUUAUCUGAUCAAGAUGUGGGUGUGGCUGAUCAAUGGGGAUGCUUACUCCUCCUGGGUGCCUGGUCCUGCCUCUUGUGUUUCUGGGGAUCUGUGUUUGUCGUACUCUCAAUUUGUCCUUUAUAGGUAUUCCAAGAUUGAUCACUUUUGAUCACUUUUUGUGAAUGACAAUUUUCAUGAGCAGUAAUAUAUGUUGUAUCUUCAGAUUAAUACCUCACUAUAAAUCACAUUAUUGCCCUGUCGGUAGUAGUAAUAUAUGUUGUAUCUUCAGAUAAAUACCUCACUAAUAAAUCACAGUAUUGCCCUGUCAGUAGCCAUUGCUCUGAAAAAUACAUGUCUCAACAAAUGAA